CCUGGGCGGCAGUGCCGCCCCCGGAGGCGGCUCCGCACUGCGCGCUGCGAGCGCGGCGGUACCGGGACCUGCCCACGGGGGCUGCGGGGCUGCGGGGAGGAGCUCUGCAGCCGCAGCGAGACAGAAAGUUCAAGAGAAUCUUCAUCAGCAUCUUCAUGAGCUGUAAACUCUGGAAUUUAAUCUGCUCAAUCGUACUUCAGACAGAUUCAAACCAGUGGAACCUGCAGCAGCAAAGAGGACAGAAAAUGGUCCCCAGCCCCUCUCUCUGCUCUGCUGGGCUCUGUGCAUAGGCACAGCCAUUCUUGCAGCCAUGCAUCACAGCUGCCUGCAGAUCACAUCUGCCUGAUCAUUUCCACAGCAGCUUGGGCUCACAAGGCAGGAAUAUGAGCUGCCUCGCCCGGCCCCGCCAGCGCCGCCCGUGAGCCCCUCCCGCGCUCCGGAGCCGGCAGCGAGCAGCCAGACACCCUCUGAAGUUCGGGGCAUGCUGUGCGCCUCUUUGCAUUUGCUGCAACAAGAAAAGCCUUUUCUUUUAACCCGGCUUCCUUUGAAGAAGUAACUCAGGAAGCUUCAUGGCCUCUCAAGAAUCUCAGGGACAAAGCAGCCCAGUCUUUAAGGAUUACCUCCCUGGUUCUUCCGACAUUCCUCAGCAGAAUACGCCUGUUGAACCAAGUCUCUGGAAGCAAACAUCACACACUCAUAAUUUGCCACCUGGUCUGGAGUACCUGAACCAGCUGGACCAGAUAAUUAUUCAUCAGCAAGUGGAGCUGCUGGAAGCCAUCCUCGGCACAGGGACUUCCAGCAGAUACGAGAUAAAGAACCCGCUGGGCCAGCGGGUGUACUUUGCGGUGGAGGAGAACGGCUGCCUGGACCGCGGGCGGUGCGCGCCGCUGCGCGCCUUCACCAUGCGCAUCGCCGACCCCGCGGGCCGCGAGGUGAUCCGCGUCACCAGGCCCCUGCGCUGCAGCUGCUGCUGCUGCCCCUGCUUCCUGCAGCAGUUAGAAGUUCAGUCCCCACCAGGCACCAUAGCUGGGUACGUUGUACAGAACUGGCACCCUUUUCUGCCAAAGUUUACUAUACAGAACCAAAGUAAAGAAGAUGUGCUAAAAAUAAUCGGCCCAUGUGCAACCUGUGGCUGUUUUGAAGAUGUUGACUUUGAGGUAAAAGCUCUCAAUGAGAUGACAACGAUCGGCAAAAUUUCCAAGUAUUGGUCUGGAUUUGUCAACAAUGUCUUUACCAACACUGCCAACUUUGGGAUCCAGGUCCCUGUGGAUCUCGACGUGAGGAUCAAGGCAGUAAUGAUUGGUGCUUGUUUCCUCAUUGACUUAAUGUUCUUUGAAAACUCUUUGGAUGGAUUAUAACAAGAUGACAGAAACAAUGAAAUAUGCAGAACGUGUUUCAGUAGCGGUGCAAUCAGGCUGAGCUGGGCUCACAGGGACCCUCUGCUGCCACCCUUCCCUAAGGAAGCCCCUGGCAGCUCCGUGGGCAAGAAGCUCCCUCGUGUGGAAAUUCAGGAGUUUGCAGAGAAAUACAGGAGCCUUUCUGCUAUUCCAUCUCACACUGGUGUCGUUCUGUUAAAUGCAGCUCCUGCAGGCCUGACUGGAGGCUGAGAAAAAGAACCAGAUUCUUUUUUUCUCUCUUUAAAUCCCUUUGCCAUCUUAGACAGAGGUCGCUGCUGUUGUAGCCCCUGAUCGUGGCUCUCGGGCACUGUUACUGAGCUGUGUGUGCCUGAACACUCGACUGUCUUCAGUGCCUCAAGAUCAGCAGGAGCCCUGCCUGUCUCCCACUUUUCCUCUGCAACUUCCUCUCUUCUUGUGGCCCUAAACAACUCAAAGACGUCUCUAAGUAAAUGUGUCCAACCUCAUUGGAGUCAGCACAAAAUAAGGUUUUAUUUACCACAGGCCUGAAUUUGGUGUGAGUGUCCAUGUAUAUUAGAUAAGCAAUAUGUACACAUAUAUUUUUAAUGAAUUGCAACCAACUGCAAUUCAUUUCUCGCACUUAGUGACUUUGUUGAUUUUUUUUGUGUUGAUACAAGAGAUUUUUGCUGUUAAUGUGUAUAUUUAUGAGUAUGUUUGAAUGCCUCUGUUUACACUCAGAGGCAGCUUCUGGGACAUUCAAGAACAGGCUCAUCCUGUGGAUAAGACAAGCAGUGGGGCUGGGAUUGCUCUUGCUGCUUAGAACUCCCUCAGCAGCCUGCUGGACCCCUGUGCCAGCCGUCAGCAUCCUUGUAGAAAUUCAGUGCCAUGCCAGUGCUUUUCCAGCUGGGAGGUCAUUCAUCUAGACCACAAGGGCAGGUAAACUCAGCAGAGUUAAUGGAUCCUACAUGAUAUUGCUCAAGAAGAGCUAAUGUGUUCUAAGAGCUUAAUAACCUGCAGCUCUAACUAAUAACUCUUUCUUAUUAAUAGCUAAUGUUUCACAUUAUGGGAGCUACAUAUGCUCACUUUCACGGUUCCCCACGGACUAGGAUGGCUCCCAAAGGAGAAUUCAGAAUCUCCCAAAGGGUCACAAGUUUUUUCUAAAGCAAAUUCAAGUCCUGGGUAUCAUCUAGAAAGAAACAUGAUUGCUCUGAGGAAACAGAAAUUUUACUUAAUCCAGCCAAGCAAAUAUUUUUGAUCAGUAGCCAAACUGUAAAUCUGUGUAGUUCACACUCCUUGUGUUCAGUAGAUGGCAGCAACAGCUCAUUAUGACAGUAUUUAGCUUUUCACACAUCGUAAGCUGUACCCAGGAUGCUGAUUGAAGUUCAACAUACCUUUAACCUCUAAUUAAAUUCUACUUUUAACUGAAA